AGUCAACCUUUCCCUCUUAUUCUCACCUUCCUCUCCUUGCUCAUGUCCUCCUCAAAACAUGAACCCAAUACACAGAAAGAAUUAAGGAAACCCGCAUUUGCUUACUUUCCUGGUAUCAAGAUCUACAAUCCUCCACAAGGCCCUUUCUCCCCCAAGACAGACGAAUGGUGUAUAACGUACUGCACUCAGAGUAUUGGAGGUCGCGCUCACCGGAAACUGCCUAACUGUCGAUCCGUUUGUAUUCGCAAAGUAUUUCCGCACGAGGUUCGGAAUAUUAUCUCGUUCAAGCAACAUCAGACGAUCGGACCCGAUGGCAAAGCGAAAUAUCCAUUACCGCCAGAAGGACAACCUGCUAAUAUUCCGAGAAUCUUGGGAGGCAAACCACCGGUGACUUUAGACGAAGAUGACGAAGACUAUGAUCCUAGACAACAGCCGCCGCCACCGGAGACGCGGCAUUGGGACGAGGGAUGGUACGUUUGGUCAACGAGCACGUUCAACAGUACGAUGAAAAAACUUGUGUCGAUGUCCAUGGAUUUCGAGAACCUGAGGCGGCAUGAGGAAAAGAGAGAGAAGGAGAGAGCGAGAUGGAUAGAGUAUCAACAGUUUGUGGAGAGGAACGCUGGUCACCGAGAUUCGGGACUUCUGAACAAGCCACCAGAAGAACAGGAUAGCAAAUGGUACGGGUUGAAAGUCCCUCCUCCACCAAUGCCAGCGGUCGAUACCACACGUACUAUUCUGCUUCCCUUAUCCUUUGACAGUUUUACGAUCUGGGAUCGCAUCAGCAAGUUUUUGGACCCUACCCGGACAGCUCUGUCGCUUACACACGACAGUAUUACAUCCGGUGAACAAAAGCGGUUUGCACUCAAUUUGUGGGAAAAGGCCCUAUCGAAUGAACCUUGGGUCCUUGCUAGUCGGACUUUUGGUAGAGCAUAUGAAUUAUGGAAGAAAUCUGAUGAUGAUGACGAGGAAAGGAGAACACCAUAGGUUGUUUCCCUCCGAGUCCGUAACGUUGUCAGUUUUCUCGUCCUCUCAUUUCAUUAACGGCUGCACAUGGAUAUUUAGUAGACAACAAUAAUAAGACUAGUGUAUUUUCCCGUGCAACACUUCUGGUACAAAAUACACA